GCGAACGCAUUCACUUGUUUCUUGAAUACCACGUGUUUCAGGUGUUUUGCCGGUUUAUGGCAUCGUAGUAGUUGGUGCAUUGAACUAUACCGUGCGUCCAGCGCGCAACGGAAGAGCAUUUUUCUAAUUUUAUUUCAAAUUUGAUUUUGUGCAGUGUGUAUUGUGUGAUUCCCUGGAAAAGAGGACGUUUUUAAGAUUUUUGACGAAAAUCCGGUUCAAAUGAAGCGGCGAAAAUGAUGUUACGAAGCAUCACACUCCUGGUGAUUGCUGUUUUGCAUUCAGUCAAAGGAUGCCAAUUUUAUCCACCAGGGGAGUACCUCAGGUUCGUGAGAGUACCAGAAAAUCUCAGGGUUGGGGAGGAGGUGCUGAGAAUCGAGGUUUAUCCCAGGAAUAAUUUGAGUCUAAAGCCCGUGGAUAAGGAUGAAGACGUCCAUUACUUCACCUACCGAGAUUUUAAUCGGACCACAGUUUCACUUCUUCUUGCGAGAUCACUGGAGGACCUUGUAGAUUCAGAUAAUCCACGAAACGUACUCAAAUUCAAAGUUUCUUGUGACUACGACGACGGAGAAGAUAUCAUUACAUCCUCUUUGUCAGUGACGGUGUAUGUGGAGGAUGUGAACGACCAUGCGCCCGUUUUCGUCGGUGCACCUUAUCAGCUCGCCGUCGAUGAACUAACACCUGUUGGUCUUACAAUCUUCCGUGGAAUCCGCGCCUCGGACCGCGACAAGCCCAACACGCCCAACUCGGACGUCCAAUACGUCAUCAUUUCCGGAAACGAACGUGGUAAAUUCGCCCUGGACAGCAGCCAACAAGCCUUCCUCAUUCUCAAGAGACCACUCGACUACGAUACAGGCGAUCGCGAAUUUCUUCUAACGAUUGCAGCAUCGGACCGGGGGAUUCCUCCCAGGAGUACCAACACAACGAUCCGAAUCACCGUCAACGACAAUGAUGAUCUCAGCCCAAAGUUCACAAAAGGAGUCUACAGGACACGAAUCAACGAAUUUUAUCCAAUCACAGGCGAGCGGAUUCACAAGCUUCUCACCUUUGACCCCCCCAUCCACGCCUUCGACCAGGACAUCGCCAUUGAUGCGCCCAUCCGGUACGACAUCAUCGCAGGAAAUGAGCGUCACAUUUUUUCCUUGGAUCAUGUCAACGGUUCGCUCUUCAUCGAACGCGAGAUUGACAUCGAUUCGGAGAGAUCUCUUCCUGGAAACACUUUUGUUUUGCAAAUUCAAGCAUCGCAAGUUGAUAAUCCGGCCAAAACUGGUGUGGCAAGAGUUGAAGUCGAGAUAAUGGACUUGAAUGAUAAUUUACCCGAAUUUGAAGUGGACUUUUAUAAUAUUAGCAUUGUCGAGAAUUUACCGAAUGGUUUCAGUGUCUUGCAGAUUAUUGCAGUUGAUCAGGACCAAGGCGAUAAUGCUGAGUUCUCCUACCAGUUGGAGGACAACACUGGGGCUUUUACUCUCGACUCGAGAACCGGAUGGCUUACGGUGAGAGACCAGAGUGUCUUGGACCGCGAGAAACGAUCAACUCUGCGAAUGCAAGUAUAUGCCAAAGAAAAAGUUCCCAGUGUUGUUAAUAGUAAACUUGGGGCUUCUGCUGUCAACAUUGAAGUUACUCUCUUGGACGCAAAUGACAAUAACCCAACUUUCAUCCCUAAUAAUCUCUACAAUUUUAUCACAAAUAGUGAUCUGAAAAUUGGAGAUGUUGUUGGACAAAUCCAUGCGAUUGAUCCAGAUUUGGGUCGGAAUGGAAUGGUCACUUAUUCGAUCCAAAAAGCUCCAAAUAACUCAGUACCGUUCAAAGUUGAUCCAAAGUCGGGCAAAAUCAGUGUUAAUCAAAAGGUAGUACCUCCGGGACGACAUCUCUUGUUCGUUGAAGCCUCAGACCAGCCUUUAAAUCCAAGUGAAAGACGGUCGUCUUUGGCUGUGGUCACAAUCGAAGUACAACCACAAACUAGCAAAGGCACUGUUAAAGGUUUACCCGAUUUUGUUGGGGCCCCUUAUGAAUUUUGGGUCGGGGGCAACGUGGGUGUUGGUACUAGUGUGGGCCAAAUUCGGGUCGCUGACGUCCCUGAUCGUAGAACAUUAAUUUAUGAUUUGUUACACAGCUAUCAUGAAGGAGUACCAUUUGCUGUCGAAGAACGGUCAGGUACUAUCACAGUUGUUGACAAUUUGGAAAACUACAAUCGACAAAAUUACGAAUUUGAGGCUGUUGUAACUAACGAAAAAGAAAUGACUUUGGUUACAAAUGUAACAAUUCAUGUUGUUGAUCCCAAAGACGAAAAAACAAUUCUUAUGAAGGCCGGUACUGCCCCGAUUGAAUUCCAUGUGAAGGAGAAUGCCGGUAAUCUCCUAAUCGGGCGUUUGGGUUUCAAAAAUGCGAACUCAAGUGGCUUGGUCUUCUCAAUAGCCAAUCAAAAAGACGUAACUGACCACAUUUCAAUAACUUCCGAUGGUAGUUUAUACACAGUGAAGCCUCUAGACCGUGAAACGCGCGAUGUUUACCGAUUGACAGUCCUCGCCGAGUAUAGUAAAGGUGCAAUUACUGGUACAGGUAUCUAUCAAGUGACAAUCCACGUUGACGACGAAAAUGACAACAAACCGACUUUCGAACACUCGAAAUACGAGGGAAAAGUGACCGAAAAUUGCAUUUCCGGUACUGAAGUUGACUUAAACUACCUCAUUCAUGUUAGUGAUAAAGAUACCGGUGACAAUGGUCAGUUUAGUGUGACAAUAUUUGGAAAUGGGAGUGAAAAAUUUAGACUUGACCGAAAUACCGGCAAAAUUUUUUUCACAAGCUCUGAUAGUCCUCUAGACCGUGAAGAAACAAGCGUUUUUAAUUUGAGGUUAGUUGCAAAAGACCAAGGAGGGCUCUAUGACGAGGCUAUUCUCAUAAUUAUGGUCGAAGACGAAAAUGAUAAUUCCCCAACUUUUGUUCAAUUCAUCGUCUAUGACGAAAUCGAUGCCGAAAUUGAGGAAUACGAUAAGCUGGGUAAUCGAAUCGGUCAUUUUGAACCCGAAAAUUCUACUAAGGGCACUUAUGUCCUCACACCGGCCUAUAUAAGAGCCAAAAAAGCCAAAGGUAAAAUGUCACCACUAAUAAUUUUGAAAGAGGAUAUCAGUGUUGGUACUCCGGUUAUCAAACUCGUCGCUGAAGACAGAGAUUUUGGUGAUAACGCUGUUGUCAAGUAUGAGAUGGUUUCUGAGACGUACAUUCCCAAUGAGUACUCAGCUGAGCCAUUCCAUUUGACCCAGUAUUUCAUGGUACACUCAACCAACGGUGAGAUCUCUGUUUCAAGGACCCUCCCACCCGAAUCCGAAUUCCGGCUCAACAUCUCCGCGAGUGAUAAAGGAGGUCUCAAAGACCACAUUUCAGUCCGACUUACUAUCGAAGAUGUCAAUGACCACCCUCCUGUUUUCUCUAAAUCCUGGUACAACUUCGAUGCCGAGGAGGCCUCCUACUCCCGGAAUAUAAUCGGGAGAGUGGAGGCCAUUGAUGGAGAUUUUGGCCCAAAUGCCAACAUAACGUACAAAAUCCAGGAAAAGGACCCCAAACUACCUUUUGCAAUUACUCCACAAGGGGGCGUUUUGACCAUUGAUGGGGUCCUUGACCGGGAAACUAAAGACAAGUACAAUUUUGUUGUUGUGGCGAAAGAUAAUCCGACUAAAGGGGAGAGUUUGAGUAGUUUUGUUAAUGUAGAAGUGAAUGUUUUGGAUGUCAAUGAUAACCCUCCUAGUUUUUACGGUUAUGAUGAUUUGCUACCAAAUCCAGAAUCCAACACUUAUAGUAACCACAAUUACCAGGAAAAUAUUCCGGUUUAUUACGCGACUGUGGCGGAGAAUAGUCCGAUUGGGACUCCGGUUACCCGGAUUUUUGCAAACGAUUCCGAUUUUACCGGUAACGGAAACGGAUUGCUUCUUUUUGAUAUUCCGCUUAAAAAGAAUCGACAAAAUUUAUUUACCAUUGACUCGAAAGAAGGGAUAGUAACAACAAUUGGGAAAUUGGACUUUGAGAAUCAAAAUAUGCACAACAUUACUAUAGUGGCGUCUGAUUUGGGGUCACCGAGUUUGAGUUCUACUGCGCUUCUUGUAGUAACAGUGAUUGAUGUCCCCGAGGAUUUGCAAUCAAUGGAACAUCCGGUGUUUGCUCAUCGGUAUUACGAAGUAGAAGUCGAGGAAAAUGUCCCAGUGCCUCUUAAAGUCUUGACUUUGAAUGUAACAGAAUCUUAUAGGACACACAAACUGAAAUAUAGUAUAGUCGCUGAGAAAAAUAGUGACGUUAGAAAAACUUUCCGAAUUGACCCUCGGAACGGUACUUUGUAUAUCAUUGAAAGUCCAGAUCGCGAGAAAAAAGCUCUUUACGAACUAAUAAUUCGAUUGGAGCAAUACAAAGUGGGGCGAGACAUGACAGUGAUGGUCUAUCCAGUCACAAACGAGAGACUUGGCAAUUUAGGCUUAAACGAAGUCAAAGUCAUUAUCAGAAUAACCGAUGUUAAUGAUAAUAUCCCAAAAUUCACAAUCACCGGUCGUCCUAUAAUUGCAGCAAUCCCCACAACUGCCAGUUAUGGCCACCACAUCUUACGACUCCAGGCGAAAGACCCGGAUUUGGGUUUGAAUGGAGAAGUCCGCUACCAGAUUCUAGGGCGCGCUGAUGAAGCCGCCAGGAGGUUUACCAUCGAUCCGAUUACAGGCCAGGUUCGAGCAAUUGCUAACUUUGCGAGAGAUGCCGGGAAAGUGUAUGGAUUUGAUGUAAAAGCGACGGAUCGGCGAGGAGCUGAUGAUGGGAAAUCGUCAAUUGCGAAUGUUUUUGUUUACGUUUUGGAUGAUCAGAAGCAACUUGUGAUGGUCAUGGGGUUAAAACCAACGGAUGUCGAGAGGCACAUUGAGAAUAUUACCUUGAUUUUGCAUAACACAACUGGAUACGAUAUUAGGAUUCGUAAAUUAGAACCACAUUCUGAACGCAAUCAGAUAGAUAACAGCGCUACCGAUAUGUACCUGUAUGCAGUUGAUCCUAUAUUAAAUGUUGUGGUCGACAUGGAGCAGCUCCAAAAAGUCCUCCAGUUAAAAACAAACGAAAUUGAGCACCAACUCCAAGGCCCCAAAGUCCUCGCAGUGGCUAGCGGCGUCUCCGAACGCGGGCAUUCUCGCAACCAACGCGUCAUCCUCUCCUCCCUCGAAGUAGGGGUUGUGGUUUUAGGCUGCGUGGUCUUCAUCGGAGCCCUAGCCACCGCUAUUUGCGUCAUGUGUGCCCGCAGACGGAAACGCAGGUUGCUUCAGAAAAGUUUUGCCCAACCUUUGGGCUACCCAAUCGGCACUUUGGGCAAACCUAGUCUCUUCCCUGCGAGUUUCGGUGACCUUCACUACACCGACUCGGGGCAUGAUAUUGUGCACCACCAUCAUGAUCGGUCUUGCCAACGCAUGUCAAGCACUCGCCGGACUUUCAGAGAGAGGUCUCGAAGUUCUGGUUGUAUAGAAAAGUCGAUAACGUCUCUUCAUUCCAGUGGGCAAGAUUCGGGCAUUGUGGAUGCUGGCCACUGUCAGUGUAGGCAAUCGUGUUCUCAAUCGUCGGAAGAGAGCAGCAAUUACGAAGAUUCGUUACAAUCGGUGCCUCAAAAAAGGACCAGAUCGGCGUCGAUACGACAAGUUGAGCUCAAUUCGGCUAGAAAUACACAACAGAGGAGGUCAAGGAAUAGGUCUAUAAGCGAGGACAUUGUUCAAAGUGCGGGGUUGCACAGGAUGAGGUCGUUGGGACACAUUCCCGCACCUCCGCCUAUGGCUAUUUCGGGACCUUCGACCCUACGUAGGUCCUCUGACAGGUUAAUUGUAGGAUAAAACAAUAUUCUAUUUUUUUAUUUUAAUGACUAGUUACCAUACGUAAGAAUAGUGCAAUUAUUUUGUAAAUAUUUUAGAAAUCUUAAGUUGUAUUUAUUUAUGACGAAGAAAUGGCCUAAUGUGCAAUAAAUAUUUUUGUAUAUAUUAUUCUUGUAAUUAAUAUAUAAUAACUGUAUAUAUUCUUAUAACAAAUGACUUGUACUAAUUAGUUGUAAUAUCAAUAAAUAGUCACUUU